UGAAAUCUCAGGGGUGUUCAUGCUAUUAGGACUUAUUAUUAUUGCUGUUGGUUAUUUCUGGGAUUUCCACGAAACGACGUCGGCUGCUAUUGAAUAAACAGUGUAAUUCUAUCCCUGAAUUUCAGAGACUCCGUCGGAAUAACGAAAAUCGCAGCUUUUUCAGUAAAGACAAGGGAGAGAUGGAGACCGGCGAGCCACGACGGUUCCCUCUGGCGGCUCAGCCCGAAAUAAUGAGAGCAGCCGAGAAAGACGAGCAAUAUGCCUCCUUCAUCUACGAUGCCUGCCGUGACGCCUUUCGCCACCUCUUCGGCACAAGAGUCGCUGUAGCUUAUCAGAGUGAGACAAAACUUGUAGGGCAAAUGCUUUAUUAUUUAAUGACAACAGGUUCAGGACAGCAAACACUGGGAGAGGAAUAUUGUGACAUAACUCAGGUUGUAGGCCCUCACAGACUUCCUCCAACACCAGCAAGGCGUGCGCUUUUUAUCAUAUACCAGACGGCCAUCCCUUAUAUUGCUGAAAGAAUCAGCUCUAGAGUUGCUUCACGUGGCGUGCUCCUUGCUGAAUCUCAGUCUGAUGAGUUCUAUCGGAGCAAUGCUCCUAAUAGCAGUCAAACUCAAUCUUCAGAAAUGGUGGAAUUUCAGUCCCCCUCAACAUCGAGAAUGCCAUCUUCUGCAGGUUUAAGGUUGAAGGAGAAAUUUAAAAGACUAUGGUUAUCUGCAGUUCAAAGAUGGCCUAUGGUGCUUCCUAUGGCACGUGAAAUUUUGCAAUUGGUUUUUCGCGCCAAUCUCAUGUUCUUCUACUUUGAAGGCCUAUAUUAUCAUAUAUCAAAACGUGCAGCUGGCAUUCGAUAUGUAUUCAUUGGAAAACCAAUGAAUCAAAGGCCUAGGUACCAAAUACUAGGUGUGUUCCUUUUGAUUCAGCUGUGUAUCAUUGCCGCUGAAGGUCUUCGACGCAGCAAUUUAUCUUCUAUUGCAAGUUCAGUUCAUCAGACAACCUUGGGUUCCAACCAAACUACAGCAGCGCGAGGUUUGCCUGUCUUGAAUGAAGAAGGCAGUCUGAUAUCUAUGGAGACUGAGCGGGGGAGUUUGGUUGUAGAUUCCACUUCAACUUCUGAGGCUACAACUGGAGUUAGCAAAUGCACACUUUGCCUGAGUAAUCGCCAACAUCCAACGGCUACUCCUUGUGGUCAUGUAUUCUGCUGGAACUGCAUCAUGGAAUGGUGCAAUGAAAAGCCAGAAUGCCCUCUCUGCCGUACUCCCAUAACUCAUUCAAGCCUAGUUUGUCUGUAUCAUUCAGAUUUCUAGGAUGGGCAUAGAAUUACUUGCGGUUAGGAAGAACACUAAUAAAAAGCCACCAACUUGUUUGCUUCUUUGAAGAUGUAAAGUAUAAAUCUGGGGAAUGAGUUAGAAAUUUAGAAAACAAAUCCCUAUGGUGGUCACAUAGUUGUAAUUGCAUCAGAUUUUUUUCAAUGGCCAAUGAGCGUUCACAUAAUUUGGAAAUUGGGAUUCUUUUUUCCUCUUUCUGGUGUAGAAUGUAAAUUAUCAGAAGGGAAUAGUUGCAUAAUGAGUUUGCUUCUGGAGCAAUGUUUUUUGUCUUUCUUAUUGACGAAGUUGUAAUAUAUCAAAACUUGUACUUCUAUUUUUAAAGCAAAUAAUUUUGAUUCAUUUGAA